UUUUUAUUGUUGUUAUUAUUUAUUUUAUUUUUUAUUUUUUGCUUCUAAGAUGGAGAACGGAAAAUGUGCUUUAUGUAAUCGUGUGUGAAACUCAGCCGUCUGGGUAGAUCGUCUGAGAAGAGGAUGGGAUUCCAGUCCUAAUUCACAGGAUCCUCUGGAUUUUUCGCUAGGAAUCGGAAUGAAAUCGGGCUAAUUUUGCGCAGACAAUCCAGUCUUGUUUAUUUAUUAUUCCCAGUUAUUGCGUUAACAGCAACGUUGAACAGCUCAUUUAACUGAAUACUCGAGAUGGCCGCGAUCGCCAGUUCUCUGAUCCGACAAAAACGCCAGGCGCGGGAAUUCAACAGCGAUCGGGUAUCUGCCUCCAAACGCCGCCCCAGUCCCAGCAAAGACCCCCGCUCUCUCUGCGAGCGACAUUUCCUGGGGGUCUUCAGUAAAGUCCGCUUCUGCAGCGGCAAGAAAAGACCUGUUUGCCGGCGACCAGAUGUGCCCUCGAAACCUCCACAGGUGUCCCGUAAGGGCAUCAGGCUAGAGCCGCAGCUGAAAGGCAUUGUGACACGACUGUUCAGCCAGCAGGGUUUUUACCUGCAGAUGCAGCCAGAUGGAACCAUCGAUGGCAUCAAAGAUGAGAACAGCGACUACACUCUUUUCAACCUCAUCCCUGUCGGCUUAAGGGUGGUGGCCAUUCAGGGAGUCAAAGCAGGUUUCUACAUCGGCAUGAAUGCGGAGGGCUUCCUCUACAGCUCCGAGAUAUUCACACCUGAAUGUAAAUUCAAGGAGUCUGUGUUUGAGAACUACUACGUGAUCUACUCAUCCACCAUGUACCGUCAACAGGAGUCGGGUCGAGCCUGGUUCCUGGGCCUCACCAAGGAGGGUCAGGUCAUGAAAGGCAACCGAGUAAAGAAAACCAAGCCCUCUUCACACUUUGUACCAAGACCCAUUGAAGUUUGCAUGUACAAAGAGCCUUCACUGCAUGAGAUUGAAGAGAAACAACGCUCCAGGAAAAGCUCAGGAACCCCAACAAUGAAUGGAGGCAAAGUGGUCAACCAGGACUCCACAUAGCAGGGCCCAAACGCAGGAGGCUACUACAAGAGAGUAGCCCCUUGCUCUUGCCCUUGCCCUUGCACCUCAAACCACGGGAAUAGUACAACACGCUACAAUAAGAUGACAAACUGAACUCUUGCCUGAGAAAACUUUUAGAAGAACACAGAGGGGGAAAAGAGAAAUAAAUGUUACCGUUCCAAUCAGGAGCUGAACUCACAUUUUAUGCAAAAAAAGUUCAAUGGACAGUCAUUUGAUUCACAACAAUAGGAAUAUUAGAGAAAACUUUUAGAAGAACACAGGGGGGGAAAGAUAAAUAAAUGUUACCGUUCCAAUCAGGAGCUGAACUCACAUUUUAUGCAAAAAAAGUUAAAUGGACAGUCAUUUGAUUCACAACAAUAGGAAUAUU